CCGAUGAUCAGGCGUGCACGCCGAGUAAAUCGGUUGGCACGAGGCUUAUCAGAUGCGCCUUUCUGAAAGACCUCCAUAAAGAAACAUUAGGAGCUCAUUGACUCCGUUUUAGAAUGUCACACGAGGAUUGCAUUCAAGCCAACAGCCCACGUUCAACGCCUCAGCGAGAACCCGGAUGUGUAUCUUAGCGCGUAGCGUCGUUGCUUAGCAACUGUGAAACGCUUCCAUCCGGUGAGUCGCUUGAGAGAAAAACAAGAAGAAAAAAUAAACAUAAAAAGAAGAAAAAGCGAAGACGAGCCAUGGAGCCGGGAGCUGAGCAGCCGCGGCGCCUUCCACGUGCCCUCCCACCGAUGCCAAGCCAGGACCACCCUGGAGAUGAGGUGCCACUCAGCAAACCCAAAAAGAAGAAAAGCAAGGCGUCCAAUGGGAUAGAGGACAUGGUGUCACCUGUCGAGCGACGGCACUCGGAGAGCAGAGAGCCUCUGACCCCAGAACCACAGGACGCGCCGCAGCACAGGAGACGAAAGAAGAAGAAAGCCCAGCAGACCCCAGACUCCGAGACGUCCUUUAUGCAGAGAAGCACAGCAGACAUGCCACUUCAGGAGGACCUGCAGAACGGCACCAGCGACAAACUGCCAAGUGAAGAUGACGUCCCCCGCAAGCCGAAGAAGAAGGGCAAGAAGACCCGGCCAGCUGACCUCCAGUAUGCUAAUGAGCUCGGCGUGGAGGAGGACGACAUUGUCACCGACGUGCAGCAGCCGAACCCUCCGCUGGCCCUCUUUGCCGCACCACUGGGGAGCAGCCAGCCUGUUGGGAAGGUCUUCGUGGAGAGAAAUCGGCGAUUCCAGGCAGCUGACCGCUCGGAGCUAAGCAAAGUCCCCGAGAAAGUCGAUGACUUCAUGGAGGUGAGGCCCCUGUGGACCACCAGAGACGUGGCACUGAAUGUGCACCGUGGUUUCAGAAUGAUGGGGCUCUUCUGCCAUGGCAUCCUGGCAGGCUUUGCUGUCUGGAAUAUCAUUGUGGUGUACGUGCUGGCGGGGAGCCAACUGGGCACUCUGGCCAACCUCCGGGUGCAGUACAAGACGCUUGCAUACCCAGCCCAGUGUCUACUGUACCUGCUUCUGGCCAUCAGCACCGUGUCUGCUUUUGAUAGAGUCAACCUGGCAAAGGCUUCUGUGGCUCUGCGGGGAUUCAUGACACUGGACCCGACUGCAUUGGCAUCCUUCUUGUACUUUGCGGCCCUCGUUCUGUCGCUCAGCCAGCAGAUGACCAGUGACCGGAUCAACCUUUACGGGACACAGGGGGUCAACGGCAGCACUUUGUGGCUGCCCGGCUUGGAGCAGCAGGUCCUCCAGCCCUGGAUUGUGGUCAACCUGGUCGUGGCGCUCUUGGUGGGCCUGGCUUGGGUUUUCCUGUCUAGCAGGCCGGAGCUGGACUACACGGAAGGGUCUAUGUUUGCACUGGACGCAGAGGACAAUCCGUCAGCGGAAGACAAAGCCGAGAUACAAGCCUGAGGUGGACGGCGACAGGCUUGGGUGGGCUCUGUGUUAGUUAGCGGACCAUCUGUGCUGUAAUCCUGUGUCGUAGAAACUAAAAGGGACGAGUGCCUCCCCGCCCAGCCUGGACCGAUGAGAUGAUGGAGAUCCAGUAGUGGAAAGUGGCGGGCCUCAUCGCCGGUCACUCUGUGACGGUGGGACGCGUAUCGGACCCUGCGUCACAACGAGUCAAUGAGCAGGAAGGAGCCGAGUCCUCGUAAAGUGGAUGACAGCAAAUGUGUGCUGCCUUUAUUAAAGACUCCUAUCUGAGCUCUGG